CAUAUUUCCUGGAGUGCUCGGACCCUCGUGUGUUGCCCGUUUUUCUCUUCCCCCGGAGCGAAGGAAGGAUCGCUGGGGGUGCUGCGCGCAAGGAAGCCGGAGAAAGGAGCGCUUCGUGUCUGCCUGGUAUCCUAGCGAUAGGAGGAAGAGGCAUCCAAAGAGUUUCUAGAAUCGGGGCUGGAGAUUUCUUCCCAUCCUCUGCUCGCCAUCUGAAGCUCACACAUCCCUAAGACGGCAGUAUUGAUAGCCUACUACGCAGGGGUGUUGUGAAAGUGUAUGCAUGAAAACCAUAUAUUAAUUUGACGCAUGUCCCCAUAAAAUAACAUUACGGGGAGAAAGCAGGAGUUUCCCCUGGCUUGUGAGUGGAAGAAGAUGGCCCUCGUUCCUUACGAUGACACCCAUCUCUGGGGGAUGCAGAAGCUGCACAGGCUGUCCUCUGUGUACUCUUUUGCCAACCACACGAUCCAGAUCCAGCAGAACUGGAAACAACUCGGAGUUGCUGCUGUGGUCUGGGAUGCGGCUGUAGUCCUUUGUACAUACUUGGAGAUGGGAGACAUUGAUCUCCAAGGGCGCUCGGUGAUUGAAUUAGGAGCAGGAACUGGCUUGCUAGGAAUUGUCGCGGCCUUACUUGGUGCUCACGUUACAAUCACGGACAGACAGGCUGCCCUGGCUUUCCUCAGAUCAAACGUGCAAGCGAAUUUACCCACAGACAUCCAGCCAAGAGCCGUUGUAAAAGAACUGACGUGGGGACAGAACUUGACAAGCUUCUCUGCAGGACACUACGACUUCAUUUUGGGGGCAGACAUUGUUUACCUGGAGGACACGUUUGCGGAUCUUCUCCAAACCCUGAACUAUCUGUGCGCUGACCACACCGUGAUCCUCUUGUCUUGUCGCCUGCGGUAUGAGCGAGACCAGAACUUCCUGAUGAUGUUGAGAGGGUUUUUUUCUGUCCGUGAGGUUCGCUACGAUCCUGGUAAUGAUAUACAUAUAUUUGAAGCACGGAGGCAUAAACAGAAAGACGAGUUGUGACCCGUUUGGCCGCAAGCUUGUUUGCAUACCAGGAUUGUGCUUGAAUCAAAGGACCUAAUUUAAGACUUCCAUUCAAAUCCAGUACGAAUUAUUCUGAUUUGAACUUGGGGUGGGCGUGGGGAUUGGGUACAAUUCUGACUUGACCAAAAUUACGAAAGGCCCAGUGAACCGUUCGUUUGUGAACAGUCUCACUGGAGGCAGAGACAAGGCAAGAAGGAAGUGCCGAGUCUGUUCCUUCUGCUGUGUUUCUUGAACGAUAACACUGUGCAAAAGCUAGUCAUUGGCAGCCCUCAUCUCCCAAGAUUUUCCAUGUGAUAACCGAGUUCAGCACAUGAGGUGUAAAAGCUGAAGACCAGAGGAAUGUUUCCUGUGUCAUAACAUGAUCACCACGACAAUGGGUGUGACUGGUGUGACCCAUUGGACAUGUAUCCGUGUGACCAGGGACCACUUCUGGUUUGGACGCAGCUUCAGAUUACAGUGACCAGAGACUGAGGGAGAAAAACGUCAUUCCAUCUUCGCUCCUAUGAGCUGCCGGCUUGGAUUUGCGCGCCUUGCUCUAAGGCAGAGACCCAGUCUGAGCUAAGACCAACUUGAGCAUUUCUAAGGGAUUCUUUGACAGUUCGAUGGCUUUCUCCCACAAGUUUGGAAACAACAAUGAGUCCUAGAAUAUAAUGGAAUCAAAGAUAGGUUUUGGGGUCCCCUCCUAAUGGCCUGGCUAUUUAAUGACUUGUGUUUUAUACGUUAUUUUAGAUUGUAAGCUGCCUUGAGCAGGACUCAGAAGAGGUAGCAUCGAAAUACUCAAAAUAAAUACCUUCCAAAUCACCUCUC